AAGCGAGAACGUGUACAAGGGCAGUGUUGAAAAAGCCAACGGCGAAGCGUGAGUGAGGAAAACACGAGUUGGUAAAAGUCCGACUCCUCAACAGCUUCGUUCGUUUUUGGCUCUUAAUCGAAGACACCAAUUCGUCCUCUCAUGGAUUUCCGGGUCGACUAGGGUUGCGUUUGGUGAGGGACAAAACACAAAAUAUGGGGUUUGUGCAGGACGGUGGAUGGGUUAUUGAUUUCAGCAUGGCGGGUGAAGGCCAGAAUGGUGAAUAUCUCUGGCCUCCUCAGGUUGUUCGUGAUCAUCCCAAUUCUAGUGGGGUGGGCGUUGAUAGGUCUUGCAAAGAAGUUUAUCACAACGAAAAAUCUUCAUCGAAGAAGAGGGGUCAUGAUGAGGUAGGCACUGAGCCUCGAUCUAAAGCCUGUCGUGAGAAGUUGCGAAGGGACAGGCUCAAUGAUCGGUUCCUAGAGUUGUGCUCCGUGUUGGAUCCAGGGGGCACUCCAAAGAGUGACAAGGUUGCCAUUCUGAGUGAUGCUGCUCGUGCUCUGAAUCAUCUACGAGCAGAGGCCCAGAAGCUGAAGGAUGCAAAUGCGAUACUUCGGGAGUCAAUAAUGAAUCUCAAGGCUGAGAAGGUGGAGCUCAGGGAGGAGAAGGUGAGACUGAAGGCUGAGAAGGAACGGAUAGAGCACGCUAUCAAAAGCACAAGCAUGCCAUCUACUUUUGUUCCGCAUCCUGCUUCUGCAUACCAUGCUGCUGCACUUGCUGAAAACACCAAAGCUGUUGUCUAUCCUAACUACUCUCCGGUGGCAAUGUGGCAAUGGAUCCCCCCAGCUGUGCUGGAUACCUCCCAUGAUCAUGUCCUCAGGCCUCCUGUUGCUUAGGUGUUGUUCUUCUGCAUUCUCUCUUUUAUCUAGCAGACAUCUGCUGAUGUUUGUUUUGUAGCAGUCCUGUUAUUCCACUAGAAUUAAAUGUCAGGCUCAACCCUUAAGUUUGUGUUGGGUCUUGAUGUCUUGAAGGGGAGAAGUUUAUAUCUUAGGGGGAAGACGAGAGAGCGUCUUCCAACCUUCCAAAAGGAGGGAACAAAAGUGCUUUGUGUAGAACAUGAUGGAAAGAUUUGGGUUUUAUAUGUAAAGGAAAAUUGUGUCUUA